GCGAGCUGUGAAGAAAGAAAAGACUUGGGCGGCGCCAUUUUGCCGGGGCUUUCUCUGAGGGGAGAUUUCUAGAGACGCGGAGAAGCCGCGGCGGAGCAGCAGGAAGCAGCGGCGGCGGCGAGCGGGUCCCGCUGCUCCCGAGGGUCGGAUAAGUGAAGGGGAGAACCACCACCGCCACCAUCUUGGCGUUCAGGGCAUCCGACGGGGCCGGCCGGGCGAGGCCUGAACGGAGCCUCCCGUCGCAGCCGCCGGCAGAGUCGCCAAACAAGCCGGGCGAACCUCGACCCCGACGGUUCUGGGCACCGGAGAUGGCCGCGCAGUCAGCGCCGAAAGUCGUGCUUAAGAGCACCAGCAAGAUGUCUCUUAACGAGCGCUUUACUAAUAUGCUGAAGAACAAACAGCCGAUCCCGGUGAAUAUACGCGCCACAAUGCAGCAGCAGCAAUUAGCCAGUGCCCGAAACCGGAGGCUGGCCCAGCAGAUGGAAAACAGGCCUUCCGUCCAGGCUGCCUUGAAACUCAAGCAGAAGAGCCUGAAACAACGUCUGGGCAAAAGUAACAUCCAGGCACGCUUAGGCCGGCCGGCGGGAGCCCUGGCUCGUGGGGCCUUAGGAGGACGGGGGCUGCCGAUGGGGCAGAGAGGACUGCCCCGGGGCGCCAUGCGCGGGGGACGCGGAGCGCGGGGGCUGCUGCGCGGAGGAAUCCCCCUGCGAGGACAUAGUUUGCUUCGGGGAGGCCGGGGGCUCGGCCCCCGAAUGGGACUGAGGAGAGGAGGCAUGAGAGGCCGGGCAGGGCCCGGCAGGGGCGGCCUCGGCCGAGGAGCCAUGGGACGGGGCGGCCUUGGCCGAGGUCGCGGCAUGGCCGGGCGGGCCAGGGGCGGCUUCGGGGGCCGCGGAAGAGGCCGGGGCCGCGGAAGAGGCGCCACUCGCCCGGCGCUAACCAAGGAGCAGUUGGACAACCAACUGGACGCUUACAUGUCAAAAACAAAAGGACACCUGGACGCUGAGCUGGAUGCUUACAUGGCUCAGACAGACCCGGAAACCAACGAUUGAGACUGGGGAAGAAGUGGGGGGAGGGAUGCUUGUUGGGGGUGGGUGGGCCCAGGGAGGGGGGCAUCGAUUGGUCUUCCCCCCCCCCCCCCACGACGACCACAAAUGCCACCAGCUCAUCCUGCCAGGGAGGGGCCUGUGAGGCAGAAACGUAGAGAGCCAGGAGCUUUUCCUUUUGAAAUGUUUUUCUUCCCUUUUUAUGUUUCGACGCUCCUGGUUGUGUGAACGCGUCUUGGGGAGGGGGGGGACCCCUUUUCUAUCGGCCUCUAAAAGGGGGUGUCCGAGCAGCUCCUUCUGCUCCCCGUUUCUAUUAGCAAAGCAGCAUCCUCCCAAGACCCCCCCUCUUUGCCUUGUAGUGGAGCAACAUCGCAUGUCUCUCCCGCCCCCUUUCAGUCUUGCCCUUGCGGGAGGGGGAGGAAGGGGGCCAUAUCCCAGACCUUCCCCACACUUUCCUGUGUCCCAACAGGCCAUGCUGUGACUCGGUGGCUGGGAUCUCCAGGUGUCGGGACCUUCCUUCCCACCCUGAGCCCCCCAGGAGAAAAAUAACUAAAAUUAGGCCCCAAAUUUGAUUUUUUAAAAACCCAAAUGCCCCCAGAAGAAGCCGAGAGGGGUUUUAUUUUAUUUUAUUUUGGUUGUUUCUAAUGAUGACGAAACAAAUGUGGGGUUUUUUUUGGGGGGGGGCGUAUGUUGGUGGGUUUGGGUUGCCAAGGAGACGGUUGCUCUUCCUCUCUCUUCUCUCUCCCCUCCCCUCGCUAUCUGCAGUUUUGUGAACUCCGUUCCGAACCAACAUCCUGAUUUUCUGUACGGAAACAAUUGCAGGGAAAAUGAAAACGUGGACUGUG